UAUAUGUAACACUUGAGUCCGAAAAAGCGUUCUCCCUUUAAUUCUUCCGUUAAGUUGGUGGGAGUAGUCUUUCGUUCUCCUUCUCAAAGCUGGAAAGAAAGGAAAUAAGGGAAGGGAAGAAAUUAGGGUUCACAGUUCAAGUUGAACAAUCCGACUGUCACCAUCACCAUUCCGACUGUCACUACUGACCUUGUUUGGAAAGGUUCUGUCAUUUUUGGUGCCUCACAGUCACAGAUUUGAGCAUUUUUCACGAUCUGCAAGACAAAGGAGACCCAUCUCUCGAAUAUGGUAAGGUUCAAUACUGAAGAAGAAGAAGAAGACAACGAUGAAGCAGAAGACGAGGAAGUAGAAAUUGAAGAAGAAUAUCAAAAGAAAAAUGAAAAAGCUGAUCAGAAGUCAACUUUGGUAGAGCCAGAAAAAACUACUAUUUUUUCUAAAUACGACACUUUGUUUUUUGACAUUCAAAAUCAAUUGGAAGGAAAGAGUUGUAAGUCGAACAACUUUAUAGGCAGCGCCCGCCCUAAUUCAUGGACCGCUGAGGAGAUUACCCAUGCAAAAACUAUCUUAAAACAAUGCCUGGAUAUUGAUCUUGAUAACGUCAUCCAAUUGGGUAGAGAUUUCGAGCUCAAGAAAUUACUUUCGAUCUUGCUAAAUAGCAAUGCCUUUCCCGAGAACACGGUAGAUGAGAUGACAACGUUUAUUGCUAACUUUGUUCAAAGUUGUGAGCAAUAUGAAGUAGCAAAAAAAGACUUAAGAGAGGUCCAAGAGAAGGAAAAGACAAUAGAAGAUCUUAAAACAGAUAUGAAGCAAUUAUUAUCUUCUGACUUUUUGCCAAUAAGGACUCAAGGGGAGGUUGUUGAUCAUGAAAUAGCUGAGCUCGAAAGACAGCUGACCGAAAGGAAGGCAAAGAAGGCACGUCUCAGUAAGAUGCUUGAAGAUUUGGCUGGUCGAGCAGCAACCUCAAAGCAGACAUUGGACAAUGCCGAACAGGAUCAUGAGAAGUCUUGUGUGCCUAAGAAAGAACAGGCAGAGAAGGUAAUUGGUGACAUGAAAAGGUCUUGGGACUCUUUGAAACUUAAUUAUUCUAAUAUGCUUUUGUAAAUUUACUUUUCAAACAAGAAUAGCCCUUUUGAAGUUGUUUACUAGCUUUUAUGCGUUAUAGAAUGUAUGAGCACACAUUUUGAAGCCUGAGCUCUAGCUGUGCUGUGCUUAAGGUUCCCUAAGUAGGACAAACAUCUGCCUUUUGGAUUUUCGCAGUGCAGUGCAUCCCCCACACUAUUUGAGUAUUUGGUUUUCAUUCA